AUGAAUCCGAACACUAUAUGUACAGUCAAUACUUGUCCAGGUAACUUACGAAACGCUUCGGCUGCCCUAUUUUUUGCGUUGAUCAACACUAUCACUGCUGCGAAAUGUUCUUUCGCAUCGCCCAACGAUUACCCCGAAGACUACGGACCGUUUUUGAAAAAUGAAGAUGAGUUUGAUUUUAUUGUCGUCGGGUCAGGAUCGGGUGGGUCCAUAGUGGCGAACCAAUUGAGCCAGAAUCAGAAUUGGAGAGUUCUCGUUUUGGAAGCUGGUGGAAUUCCGUCUGCUAAUAGUGACAUUCCGGCUCUCUUAUUCAGUCUCCAAAGGUCAGAAGAAGAUUGGAGAUACAAAACUCAACAGACCCAAGGUCCCAAAGGUUCCUGCCUGGGAGGUAACAACAAACAAUGCAACUGGCCAAGAGGAAAAAUGUUGGGUGGAAGCAGUUCCAUAAACGCCAUGCUCUAUAUCAAAGCAAAUAAGAAGAAUUAUGAUGGAUGGGCUGACUUGGGAAAUCCUGGUUGGGAUUGGGAGAGCGUCAAAGGUUAUUUCACGCAACUGGAGAACGUCCAACCGCCUGACGAUAAGAUUACGCCUCUGGGUACCAAAGGGUUGCUGCCAAUUACGAAAACACGACACAAUAGUCCGCUUAGAAAAUCAAUGAACAAAGGAUUCCUUGAACUAGGAGUUCCGAUCCUUAGCGAACAAAAUCCCGAAAACCCCAUAGGAACAGUGGACGCCCCGAUAUGUGUUCACAAUGGUAUUAGAUCAAACACUGGCAGAAAAAUCUUGGGUGCUGUCAAAAGCAGAACAAAUCUAUUUACCAGUCUACAUUCCAUGGUGCAUAAACUCAUAAUUGAUCCAAAAACGAAAGCUGCUAAAGGAGUUGAAGUCAAAGUUGGCAAUAGAGUUUUACGUCUACGAGCAAAGAAAGAAGUGAUACUUUCAGCAGGAACAAUAGGCUCAGUCCAAUUACUAAUGUUGUCAGGAAUUGGUCCCAAACAACAUUUGACCGACUUAGGAAUAGAAACGAUUAAAGAUUUACCAGUUGGAAAGAAUCUACAAGAUCACUUGAUGUUUGUUGGAUAUGAACUUAAGCUAGACUUGAAUGCUAUCAUACCUUUCGAUCCAAUUGAUGCCAUCUACGAAUAUUUUAAACACAAAACUGGACCUUUGAGCAACAUUGGCUUAACGAACUACUUGAACUUCGUCAAUACCCGCAACGAUUCUAUCUGGCCAAGCAUCUCUUACCACAACUUAAUCUUAAAUCCUAAUGAUGAGUCUUCUUUUUUUACGCUUUUUAGAGCACAUAAUCUUCCCGAUGAAAUAAUCAAAGAAAAAAUAAAAAUAUGUAAAGACAAACCUUGUCUGGCUCACAUGCCAGUGAUAUUAUCUCCAAAGUCGAGAGGUGAGAUCCUUUUGAAUAGUACCAGCGUGUAUGACCAUCCUCUUAUAUACAGCGGUUAUUUGACGGAUGAAGAUGACGAAGAUUUGCAAGUAUUUCUGGAAGCUAUCAGAUUCUCAGACGAGUUGUUCUUCAACACUGAAGCUUUGAAGGUACAUAAUCCGGAACUUAUACGACCUAUAGCACCCGCUUGCGAUGUAUACAAGUAUAAAUCCGACGACUACUGGAAAUGCGUUUUAAGGCACUUUGCCAUCACUAUCUAUCAUCCUAGCUGUACGUGUACGAUGGGUCCUGACGAAAAAACUGCCGUAGUAGACCCAAGGCUGCGAGUUCAUGGUAUUAAGAACUUGAGAGUAGUAGAUGCGAGUAUCAUGCCUCGCAUAGUUAGCGGGAAUACUCAUGCACCGACUAUGAUGAUUGGAUUAAAAGCUGCUGAUAUAAUAAAAGAAGACUGGUCGUAG